AUGCAUGCUAUUAGAGUGAUAAUGAUUGAAGCUAUUAGAGUUAUAAUGAUUGAAAGAAUGGAUAAAAUGAGAGAGAGAUCUGGGAAAUGGGUGGAUGAUAUAUGCCCUGCUAUUAGGAAAAAAUUUGGGCACUUAAAGGAACAACAAAGAUUUUGGCAUGUACUUCCAUGUGGGGGUGAUCUUUUUGAGGUUAAAAGUGGGUUAGAUGCUUUCAUAGUUGAUGUAGACAAAAKAUCAUGUACUUGUAGAAUGUGGCAACUAUCGGGUUUGCCAUGUGCCCAUGCUAUGGCUGCGAUCUUGUAUGUAAACAAGAUUCCAGAAAGUUAUGUUCCAGAUUGUUUUAGAAAAAGCAUGUUUAUUCAGUCAUACAAUCAUUAUUUAAGACCUUUAAAUGGAAUCAAAAUGUGGCCGAAAACCAAUCAUAUCAGCCCCUUGCCGCCGUUGCCAAGAAGAUUGCCUGGAAGGCCAAAACUUAAAAGAAGAAGGGAUGCAGUGGAAAGAUUAUUGACUUCAACAGGAUAG